CACUUCCUGUCUGGCCCCCGGAACAGGAAGUCGAGCCAGGAAGCGGCGCUGGAUAUUCAGCAUGAGGAUCCCAAGCGCCUCUUGGGUCUUGAGAGCGGCUUUUGGCACUUGGGUCCCUCCUCGGCCGGGAAGCACCCAAAGGGUGACUCUGGACUUGCUGGACCAUCUGGAGCGCCUGGCACUGGUGGACUUCCGCAACCAGGAAGGUGUACAGCGCUUGGAGAAAGCCAUCGAGUUUGCCGAGCAGCUGCACAUGGUGGAUACAGGAGGAGUCCAGCCCAUGGAUUCUGUCCUGGAAGACAGGUGCCUGUACCUCCACGAUGACAGCAUCACAGAAGGCAGCUGCGCCGAGGAAUUACUGAAGAAAGCCAAGCAAACCGUUGAAGAGUAUUUUGUGGCCCCACCAGGCAACAUCCCUUUACCAAAGCUGGAAGACAGAGAGAAGUUCCUGUGGAAGGAAGAAGUCUAGGCUGGACUGCUGUCAGUUAGUUCUUUUCUGGGAAUUCAGUCUCUCUCUGGCAUGACAAUUCUUGACUAUGGGAUAUAUGCUUAUGUCAGGUCUAGUGUAGCAUUAAGUGCAUACCUGCCAAUUUAAGUUGGGCCUGACUAUACUUAAAAGGGAAUCUUUGAUUAUGGCCAAAGGAUUGUAAGUCUUCCUGAAAAAGAGGGGGGAAGCACACUACAUUCUGAAGAGGGCCCACUUUAGAAGCAUGGAAUGAGGACAGCGCUGCAAGAACUCUCUGAAAAUUGUGAGUGAAAAUAAAGCACACUUUCAAGGCCUGUCACAUUCCAUCUCUGUUUGUAACUUAAAAGGGGAGAUAAACUGAAUUAACUGUGAGAAGCAGCCUCCCAAGGCCUCUUCUGGUAGAGAAGUCUUUUGAUAACGCUGUAUGCUUUUAAAGUCCUCUAGUCCUUCUUUCCUGCCUAAGAGUCAGCCUCUAAAACAAGAGAAAGUUUGAAUAAUGUAUGGAAUGUCAUCAGUGCUGUCUCACAUAAAUAUGGUCAUAUUUGCCCUGCA